UAAGACGCCGUGCGGCUCCCUGCAGGCGCCAUUCCCAGAUCCAACCUCCUCCAGGGAAGCAUCAUCCCAAGGCGACCAACUCCCGACCAAGACCAGACAGUCGUACGAACUGUGGGUUGACAAUCGGCUGUACCGUCAAGACAUCAUCUCAGACUUACCAUGACUGACUACACUCUCAUCCACCCCAAGCACAGCUGGCAGUGCUGGCCCAGCCAUGGCCACGGACACACCGGCAGUGAUGGGAAACUGCAGCACACGGGGUCAAGCUUCAGGUUUGGUGGCGGCGGCCGUGAGGUUGAAGCCCUUGAGGAUUAUCACAAAGAGAAACACCACAAGUGGCCCGUGGCGGUGUCUUGGCAGUAUAAGAACGGCACAGUGACCGGCAUCAACAACGAGACCUUCUCCGAGCUGGUCAUCCAGGAGUCCCGCGGCAACAAGAAGCUCCGCGGACAGAACAACUUCUACAACACCACCGGCAACUACUUCAAUGCCUCCGGUAACUUCGCCAAGACAUCAGGCAACUACUACCACGCCGCCGGUACCUAUGCCAACACCACCGGCAACUUUUUCCACACUUCUGGGAACUUCUUCAACGUCCUGCCCAAGAAGUUUAACGAGGGCGGCCAGCUCGGAGCCGGCGGGUCCGUGGACUCCAACGCACCGGCCCUGACCAACGGAGGCGGCGCCGGCGGUGCCAGGGGAGGAGCCGGGGGCGGUGGCUGCUGUUAGAUCACACACUAGCAGCUCAACACCCCGUACCCUGGAAGCCAAACUCGU